UCCCGGCAGCCCCGAGAGGUCCAGACCGACACCCCGGCCCACAAGCCAGGGACGCCGUGCUUCGUGCCCCCCGCAGGACACGUGGGGCUCUCCGGCAGCUCCGGUUCUUGCUACAAUAACAGUUUCCCCCUUCCUUUCUUCUCCACUGCGCUGCCCCCAUCCGGCGAGAGCUCGUUGCGUUCGUUAACCUCGCGUCGAAGCGGCGGGAUUAAAACCGUGGAGCUGACCCCUAGCGCCGGGGGUUUGGGUUUAGCUGCUGGUGGCUUCCGUGGCGGCUCCGCGGCGGUGGGGUAGAAUGGAGUGGAAGCUGACUAAUUAAGUAGAGGCGGUUGACGCGAUGCAACUGUCAGUCAUUCAGAACCAAGAUUGUGCAGGAUCAUAGAUCCCUUCGUGUCCACAGGGACAGGGGAGUGAUAGUUCCAGUACGCACCGAUCAUGGGUGGCGUCUGUUCAAGGAAGCGAAGCCAAUUGGUGGAGGAGGACGACGACUCUCUCCAGACACCGACGAGGUUCUCGAAGACCAGCAGCUUGAAAUGGCUGCUGCUCACGCUGCCCCGCAGCAGCUCCGAUGUCUCCCGCAAGGGACCAGGGAAGGGCCCUGGCCGGUGCCCGGCACUCAUGGAGCUCUGUGUCGCCAAAGUCUGCAAGGAUAUCAGUAAGUAUUCUACUCUUGCUAUGCUGCCGAGUGAUCUCAGCCAGCAGAUUUUCGAUGAACUGGUGGACUCGAACUGCCUCACGGAGGAAUCACUUGAAACCUUUCGGGAUUGUGCGCUGCAUGACAUUUGUUUGGGGGAGUAUCCUGGAGUUAAGGAUGCCUGGAUGGAAGUAGUGGCUUCACAAAGGCAGUCAUUAUUGUCCGUUGACAUUUCUUGCUCUGAAGUUACUGACAGUGGCUUAAAUUUUCUUAGUGAUUGCUCAAACAUGCAAAGCUUAUCAUGUAAUUACUGUGACAAUGUCUCAGAACAUGGCCUUGGAGUUUUGUCAGGUUUCUCAUACUUGACAUCUUUAAGUUUCAAGAGAAGUGGCGGUGUUACUGCUGAAGGAAUGAGAGUGUUUGCAAAUUUAGUUAAUUUGGUAAAUCUUGACCUUGAGCGAUGCCUGAAGAUUCAUGGUGGCCUGGUUCAUGUGAAAGGCCUGAGAAAGCUGGAGUCACUUAAUAUGAGAUAUUGUAACUACAUUACAGAUUCAGAUAUCAAGUAUUUAUCAGAUCUCACAAAUUUGAAGGAACUGCAAUUGUCUUCUUGCAGAAUUACAGAUCUGGGUAUUUCUUAUCUUACAGGCUUGUCUAAGUUAACUCAUCUUAACUUGGAGAGCUGUCCAGUGACCGCUGCAUGCUUGGAAGCUAUCUCAGGAUUGGCUUCACUGAUGUUGUUGAAUUUGAAUCGGUGUGGCAUAUAUGAUGAAGGCUGCGGAAGCUUUGAAGAUCUUAAAAACUUGAAGGUCUUAAAUUUGGGCUUUAACCAUAUUACAGAUGCAUGUUUGGUGCAUCUGAAAGGACUAACCAAUUUGGAGUCCUUAAACCUGGAUUCAUGCAAGAUCGGAGAUGAAGGUCUACUACAUCUGAAGGGCCUUGUGUUAUUGAAAAGCUUGGAGCUUUCUGACACUGCAAUUGGAAGCAACGGGCUCCAGCAUCUUUCUGGUCUUCGGAAUUUGCACAGCAUAAAUCUCUCAUUUACAUUGGUUACAGACACUGGCAUGAAGAAGAUCUCCAUGUUGAAUUCACUGAAGUCAGUUAAUCUUGACAAUCGCCUGAUAACUGAUGUUGGCUUAGCAGCACUCAUAGGUCUUACUGGGUUGACUCAUCUUGACCUUUUCGGAGCUCGGGUGACUGACCAUGGGACAAGCUUCUUGAGAUAUUUCAAGAAUCUCGAGUCCCUUGAGGUAUGCGGUGGGUCAAUCACUGAUGCUGGAGUGAAGAAUAUCAAGGACCUCAAAGCUCUGACGCUCCUCAACCUUUCGCAAAAUGCCAAGCUGACAGACAAAACCCUGGAGCUGAUUUCUGGCUUGACCGCUUUGAUCUCCUUGAAUGUCUCCAACUCUCGGGUGUCCAACUCCGGUCUCCGUCACCUGAAGGCGCUGCAGAACCUGCGCUCGCUGACGCUGGAUUCGUGCAGGGUGACAGCGAAUGAGAUGAAGAAGCUCAGGGUGACAGCGCUCCCCAAUCUGAUAAGUGUUCGGCCUGAGUAGUCUCCAUGGCGCCCAGUAUCUCCUCCUGUACAUACCGCUUAUCCCGCCCUCAUCAUGGACGUGACUGAGCGGCUGAUCGGGCCCCAAGAGCGGUUCCGCAGGCCCGUGCCAUGGUUUUUUUCCUGUUAUUUACGCAGGUUUUCUCUCUACUGUAAGUUCUUCGUUUGAAGCGACGAAAAACCACGACUGCUAUCCUAUUUCUUCUUUUGUUCCAUGCCGAACCACGGGCAGGAACAAAAUUGUAAAUAUCACGCUUCCUGCCAUGUGGGUUUUUUUU